AUGAGCGAUUCUAUUCAUGAAAAUCCAUCGAUAGAUAUUUUAAAGGAGCUAAAAUUGGCAGGAAACUACCAAAUUACAACACAUAAUGAAAAUCAGUUUGAAGAAAUUGCGAGAAUUAAUUUACAUCAUAUUGAAAAUCUUCAGUAUUUAAAGCCUUUCAUUAGCAAUUCUUCAAAUGAAUCACAGUACGAUGUUGCAGCGCUUGUUCAUUUAUUGAGCUUACAAAGAAACAAAAUGAGAGUCUUAGCUUACAUUAAAAAAAGGCUCGAUCAAUUAAAAGCAUACAGAUGGAAUAAUGGAAAAAAAUUAAGCAAUGAGGUUCUGUCAAAAACCUCAAAAAGUGAAGAAUACUUUUUUAACGAGUAUUCUAGCUUAAUUGAUGAAUAUAACACAAGCAUUAACAAUAAGUAUAAUAUACCAGAUUCAGAUAUAUGCAAUCACAAAAUAGGAAACAGCAUUCGAGGAAAUUUUAAUCUAUGCCAAAUCAUUAAUCCUAAAACGUUCUCUAAAGAUGUUAUUGAAUUUAAUAAUGGGAAGUUUGAAACAAAAUCCAAACAAGUUUUCUACAACUCUGGUUCCUUCUCAUUCUUCACCAGAGAACAAGUAGCUUCCCUUGGACACACUUCAGACAUUAUCCCCAUUUAA